CGACAAGAUCACCACAUCUGUGCCUGCAAUGGGUCUUCCCAUGACAGCGGCUCUAUUUUGUCCAGAGAACAGAGUCAUCUGCAAUGAUCUCUCCGUCAGUUGCUUGCAGCGGCGUCAGCAGUAGCAGGAUGCAGAAUGCCGUCAUCACAUUCAGCCACGGCAACUACACGGCCGAGUUUGAGGAGGGCACGCAGCUGGGUCAAGGGAAGGGGGAGCCCGUGGUGCUGGGGCAGCUCCGCCGGCCUCUCCCUAGUGGCGUCGGGAUGCCGGUCAGCGUGGCGAUCAAGCGCGUGACGCUGAUUGAGGAGGAGCUCCUCAGCCCGCAAGGCCUCAGGAAUCAGAGGAACGAAAUCGCCGAGCUUCAGGCCGAGGCCAAGGAGCUGCGGCGGAUGGAUGGGUGGCCGCCCUUCAUCCGCCUCAUCGCCGCCAACACGGACCCCUCCAGGCCCGCCACCCUGGAGAUGCCCAACGGCACCAAGAGCAAGGUGCUCUGCAUAGCCAUGGAGCCGCUGGGUGAGUGAACCACACAGCACGCGCACACACAUUUGGAUGCACCAUGGGGGCAAGGAAGAUCAGACCAAGGCAGAUCAGACCAGAAUUCUCCCUGUUUGUUGUGUGCGUUGCUCAUGAUGCUGCAGGGAACGACUUUGUGGAGGGGUGCGAGCUGUUCGGCCUUCUGGGAGCCAACAGCCGCCCCAUGAACGCGCGGGCCAUCUGGCUGCGAUUCCAGGCCAGCAUUGCCGCCAAGAGCCUGGACGAGAGGGCGAAGGAGCUGCAGCAGGACCUAAUCGUCCUCACCAAGGCCCUCGCCAUGAUCGUCCAGGCGCAGAGGGGGGCCGUGUCCCGUGGGACGCUGCACCAGACGCGCCGGCCAAGAACGUGAUGCUGCCCCAGAGCGUCCUCCGCGGCGUCCGGCCCCUGCAGCCUUAUCCGGCUGACAAUGGGCAGAGGUUGAUAGACCUGGCCAGUCUCAUCAAUCUCGGCCCACAGGACAGCGGCCCCACCAGAAGCAGCAGCAGCAGGACGAAGGACGGCCCACCCCCCUUCCUGGGCAAGAGGUGCCGGACGGCCCUUGUGUCACUCGACCCGGAGAAGCAGCGCGCGAGCCUGCAGGUGCCCGGCAGCACGCCAUUCUAUCGAGCCCCCGAGCUCAUCCUCCUCGGCCUGGAGCACGAACAGCCGGAGCUGCGGGACGACUCCAUCCCGAUGCUGGCGGCCAGGACCAAGGUGCGGGAGGCAGCACGUGACAAGGGGGUGCUGGUGGGGACGGGCGACAGGGAGGGCGCUUGGGUGGGGGUCCCAGCAGCUGUCCAUUCGGUGGGAAUGGCCAUCUCGGCCGCGGCCUCACGCGGCUGGAGCGUGGAGGGGGCGCUGAUGCAAGGGGAGGAGGACGACGUCUGGGAGGCGGGGCGGUGGCAGACGGUGGAGAUGCUCACCAUCUCCGGCCAGAGCGACGGCAAGCUCUUCAUGGAGGACGACGGCCGCCCUGUCUUCCCCGACGGCAAGGCCCAGAGCCCCCUGGACAACGUCGGCCUGGCCUUCGUCGACGAGUGGUCGGCCAUCAUCUGCGACGUAGUCGCCAAGGCCACCAAGCUCCACGAGGGUGACAGGCUGACGCUCAAGGAAGUGGAGGACCGGCUGUUCGAGGCGCUGCGUCUGCUGGAGGCCCCCGACCUCCAGCUGACUGCACCUCGCGGCCAUGCCUUCCGGCAGCAGCAGACGGCCAGCCCCGCGCCACCGCCAGACGACGCACACCCCUACCACAGCCCCGAGGACGACAGUCGAGAGGAGCAGGCGCCACCACAGCCACAGCAGCCGGCGCAAGACGUGCAGGCCGACGACCACGGCGAGACCCCGCGGACGUUUCUCGUCAAGAUGACCAAGAAGGCCGGCGUAGACUGAUAGAUGGGAUGGGCGAAGUCAGAUAGUGGCGAGCUUAGAAGGGGAGGCUCAGCACCGAUAUCGAUUCGUUCGCAGAGGAAUUCGUUGAGAGGACGGAUUCAUUUACUGAUGUCUCCGUCGUUGCUUAGCGAAGAUCGAGAGGAGACGUGA